CUCAAAAUUGAUUUCUUUUAGCACCUAAGUAACCGUUCUACAAUGAAUCGAUUAAAUGAAUGACCUUCAUCCCGCUAUAUCUGACACAAUUAGUCGGAACCUCGAUUUCGUUCAAAACGCACGUGCUUAUUCGCGAAACUCUCUAUUGUUCUCGAAAUUCCAAGUGGGUUUUUGUGUUCACGAAGUGAAUUCUGGAAAAUAAUUUUUACGGAUUCUGGACAACAUGCAUUUAUUUUGUGGGAAAGCUGCCGACAUUUGGUCUUUGGGUGUGACCCUUUACGCCCUGGUUUAUGGAAACGUACCAUUUAUUGCAAAUUCUAUUCCAAUUUUAUAUGAAAAAAUUAAAUUAGACCCUCUUAUGCUCUUAGAAGAGCCAAAAAUUAGUGAACAACUUCAGGACUGCAUUCGUAGAAUGUUAACAAAAAAUCCUGACUUCAGAAUUUCUUUACAGCAAUUAAAAGAACAUAAUUGGAUAACUAAAGGUGGUUUGCAUCCAUUAGCAAAUGUGAGUGAGAACUGUGACUUGGUCAAGGUUAGUGAAGAAGACAUCAGUACAGUUGUGCAAAGUAUUCCAAAACUAGACACACUGAUUUUAAUUAAAACAAUGCUCAAAAAGCACUCCUUUGGAAACCCGUAUGUUAGCGAAAAUUUGCAUGAGUCGCAUCCACGUGAUAUAACUCGUUAUGAACAAUUUGUUCGAGCUGGUCGCUCUAAUUCUGCUCCUGGGUCAUACACACAGCAUGACAUGGAUGAUAAUGAAAAACUACCAUCUUUUACGGAACCAGAAUUUGAAAAUCGUAUACAUUAAUGACAACUUUAAUUAUUACAUAUGCACAUAUAAAAAUUUGUAUUGUGCACAUUUACAACUUCUUAAUAAUACCCGCCCAACCGAUCCGAGGGUCGCAAUCCGGAAUUAGCCGAGUCAUAAAAGGCAAGAGAGUUUUAAGCGUUGCGAUCUUAAGCUGCU